AUGAUUCCAUUUGAGAAUCGGUUCCAGUAUGUGUAUAUCGGCGUUGAGAUUUCACAGCAUAUCCUGAAGAGGAAGUUAUACAAUGAUUUUGGUGGUGAGCUUGACAUUUUGGUAAGAAACCUGGAACCAGGAACAAGAGAAAAUAAGAAGGUCUUGGCAUUAAAGCGUAAACUAGAGGUUAGUGAUUUUACACGUUCUCAAAAAUAUGGAAGCGUUGACGAGAAUAGUGAGCCGACCCAUCGAGCUUGGGGAAGAAGAGCGUCCAGCCGUCAUCGUCUUACCGAACUAGAACUAUUUCGAAUAGUUCUUCUUAUUCCUAGAUUGCUUAGUAUUACAACUAAUAACAGAACUACUUCGGCUUCAUCAAGGAUACCUGAAAAUCCAGUGAAAUCAUGGGAGGUAGAAAAUUCAACAGUCCCGAAAUCAUUCGACCGACUGCAUCCAUUGAAAGUGUCAACAAUUAAACUAUUUUUGCGAGCAAUGGAACAAAUAAACAACCAAAGAUUAAAUCCCUUUGACGCUUCAAAAUUGGAAGGCUGGGUUGAGAUAAACGUGUGGGAUCGCUUGAUUGACCCAGCCUUUGAUAGGUUAAGCAUUGAUUUAGUGCGUGGGGAGGGAAUGAGCAUGGCAUCAAGUGACAGGAAAAAUCUUGAAAGAACAUUAAACAAUCGAAAGAAAAUUGGCCGAAGUCUUCAGACUACGUAA